AUGUCCAAUGGAGAUUGGGUUUAUUUCUCUCUUCGUCAUGGUUUAGUAGAGAUUUGUAACGGUCUUCGCACCUCUAUAAAAUACUGGAAAGAGGAGUUCUUCUUUGUUCAUGCCUCUUCUUUCUCCAGCCCAAUGGCAUACGGUGCUACUACUGAUAGGGUUGUCGACCCCAUCCUGAAACUAUCACCCAACAAGCAGUUGAUAGCGAAGAGGUUAUCAGAUAAUUUUGUUAAAUGGGCGGACCCUAAUGAAGCGAUAUUAGGUAUGGCUAGCAUGAGUCCCCAUUGGAACCGUUUGGGUAAGAAGCCAGUGGAGGUGUUCUAG